GCCGGAGUUGACGCCUCCUCUCGGCUGCUCUCAGUCACUCAGCAGCAUCUUGAGUCCAGGGAGGCAGGUCGAUGCAAAGCCUCCACACACAGCUUCGUUUUCUCCUCCUGCCAUCAGUGACAGCUGUUUCCAUUUGAUGCUUCUCACACCUCAACCUCUCAGGGGGGUUAAGAUGGGUGGAGCUGCCAUCUUACGCAUGCUGGAGACCUGAACAAAUACUGGUAAACUGCUGCUGAGGACCUCAACCACCCCCGUCCCACCCAUGACUUUCUAUAGUGAGCCGUUGAUUGGUGUGCCUCAAACUCUGUAAUGGAAAAUCGUGAUGAUGAAGCUGAGCAGCACCACAGCACUAUGGUGGGAGAAGGGGGCAGCACGGGGGACAGCACCCCUCCCCCAAAGCGCAAGGGCAAGUUCUCCACCCUUGGCAAGAUCUUCAAGCCGUGGAAGUGGCGGAAGAAGAAAAGCAGCGACAAGUUCAAGGAAACUUCAGAAGAACUGGAGAGAAAGAUGUCAACGAGGCGGACGCGGCAGGAGCUUAUAGAACAGGGGGUGCUGAAGGAGGUCCCGGACAACGAUGCAGAUACACACAACCAGAAGCAUCUCUACGUGAAGAACGGCCACACACUGCCUGUGAGCACUGGGGUCGGAGGUGGUGGUGGAGGAGUCGUCGGUGGAGGCAGGAGUCCAUGCAAUCAGGGCAAACUCCCUUUGGAGUCAGACUUUAGGAUGAACCCGGCCUGGCUCGCCCAGCCAGACGACCGCAGGGGUUGGUCACCCUCUGACGGAGACCACCGAGGAACUCUGGGUUCCAGGGGCACGGGACUGCAUGACGAUGGGAGGAGAGGCGGAGGAGUGGGGCCACGUGCACAUGUUGAGGGCGAGUGGAAGCCUAAUAUGGUCUGGCAGGGCCAGAUUCACGGCCAGAUGGAGGAUUGCAGACGUGGGGGUCGACUUCAUCCUGAGGACGGGCAGAAGAGGCCCGGGCUGCAGAAGGCCCCCUCGGAGGAUGGCAGGAGGAGUCGACCUGCAGAAGCGGACUGGAAGCCCACACUCCCCCGGCAUGCAUCUGCUGAGGAGGGGAGGGCCCGCAGAGAGUCGGACAGCCAUUUUGUUCCUGACCCAGAAUCCUUGCGGGACACCCUGCGCGAACCUCUGCCUCCAAAACAGUCCGUCAUGCCUCCAAAAUGGCUGAUGACAUCCGCCCCUGAACCCAGCAGCAAAGGUGCAGCCCGCACCCCACCUAACCACCACACAAACCAGUUCUGCUCUCUCUCCGCCCCCUCGGCUGUGGCGCCCAAACCUGUGCGGUCCGUCUCCUCUGCGGGUGCGUCCACUCAGCAGCCGUCGUGUGUAGCCCCGACCUCCACCUCUCAUGGCACCAAGCAGCCCCCUGUGCCCCCACCCAAGCCUGUGAACAGGGGCAAUGCCGGCAUGCUGGGUGACUUCACCCAAGCAACCGGGGGCGCCAGUCUUGUUCCAGCCAAGCCUUCUCCACCGAUGCCUCCCAAGAGGACGACCCCCGUCACCAAACGAGGCACGGAGGACUCGAGCCAUCCCAUCAACCCCUCACCGCUUUCUCUCGAGGACCACAGCAGCCUCCCCAUGGGCUUUCAGCUGCCUCCCCCUCCUCCCUCACCUCCCCUGCCGACACACAAACCACCUUCCCCUCCCCGCCAACACAUACAUACCCACCACCUCCACCAUCAGCACUCCUACCCCCACCCACUGCCCCAACCCAUACCAAUGCUGUUUGACCCACCAAGCCCGACCAAUGAGUCUCCUCAGAGACCAGCUCCUGUCCCGCUCCACAUCAUGAUCCAGCGAGCCCUGUCCAGUCCCGGCCCGGCUCAGCCUCAUCCAGACGGGUCACAGCGUGCACACACACUGCUUUUUGAAACCCCUCCGGACUACCAAGGUGGUCGCCCACUUCCUGUCAGCAUCCAACCAUUAAAACUAUCUGAAGAUGACUACUCAGAGGAGGAAGAGGAGGAAGAGGAGGAGGAGGAAGAUGAUGAGGAAGAGGAGGAGUACGAUGGGGAGAUCCCUCAGCCAGAGCUGGAGCCACGGAGUCGCAGGUGCCUGGUCGGAGACGCCGGUGUUUGUGUCAUCCCGGGGGGUAACAGCAGUGAGGAGGAGGAAGAAGAGGAGGAAGAGGAUGAACGAGGAGAGCAUGACAUGCGUGGUGAGGACAGCGACUCAGACGGUCCUGUGCUUUAUAAAGAUGAAGACUCGGAUGAGGAGGAUGAGCCCCCACUUAGCGCCCUGGCCAGCAGGGUCAAGAGGAAGGACACCUUGGCUCUGAAGCUGAGCAGCCGUCCCUGUGCCCCAGAGAGGGACAGGUUUACCCAUGAGAGGGGCAGCCGAGACGACCUGCCUCCAGGACAGACCGGCCUCACCUGGCAGAGCAGGGAGCAGUGGGAAGCCAUCCGCACACAGAUCGGCUCUGCACUCACAAGGCGACUUAGCCAGAGACCCACUGCUGAGGAGCUCGAGCAAAGAAACAUUCUUCAGCCCAGAAAUCAGACUGACAGACAGGCUGAGGUUAGGGAGAUCAAGCGGCGGCUGACCAGGAAGCUGAGUCAAAGACCCACAGUUGCAGAACUACAGGCAAGAAAAAUCCUGCGGUUCCACGAGUACGUGGAAGUCACAGAUGCCCAAGACUAUGAUCGGAGAGCAGACAAGCCGUGGACCAAGCUGACUCCUGCUGACAAGGCGGCCAUCCGGAAGGAGCUUAAUGAUUAUAAGAGCACUGAAAUGGAGGUCCACGAAGAGAGCAGAAUCUACACCAGGUUUCAUCGGCCUUAGACCCCCCCCCCUCC